AUGCCUGGAAGAAACUCUGCUCUUUAUAUGACGAGCAAAGCAAAGCAAAGCAAAGCAAAGCACAGCAAAGCACAGCAAAGCACAGCAAAGCACAGCAAAGCACAGCAAAAGCACAGCAAAAGCACAGCAAAGCAAAGCACAGCAAAGCAAAGCAAAGCACAGCACAGCAAAGCACAGCAAAAGCACAGCACAUCACAGCACAGCACAGCACAGCAAACCACAGCAAACCAAAGCAAAGCACAGCAAAGUACAGCACAGCAAAGCACAGCAAAGCAUAGCAAAGCACAGCAAAGCACAGCAAAGCACAGCAAAGCACAGCAAAGCACAGCAAAGCACAGCAAAGCACAGCAAAGCACAGCAAAGCACAGCACAGCACAGCACAGCACAGCAAAGCACAGCAAAGCACAGCAAAGCACAGCAAAGCACAGCAAAGCACAGCAAAGCACAGCAAAGCACAGCAAAGCACAGCAAAGCACAGCAAAGCACAGCAAGGCACAGCACAGCAAAGCACAGCAAAGCACAGCAAAGCACAGCAAAGCACAGCAAAGCACAGCAAAGCACAGCAAAGCACAGCAAAGCACAGCAAAGCACAAAGCACAGCAAAGCACAGCAAAGCGCAAUGGAGAAAAAAUAGAGUAG